UGUAGGUUGUCGGAAUAGUACCUUCUCACGCUACGCCAGCCCUUCAUUUCUGACACGUAUCGCAGUAUGUCAGCAGUGAAUCUCGUAAUUCCACUGCUUAGGUCUAAAUCAGACUUCAAAUCAUGCUUAUGACUUUUAAUUCUUAGGUCUACCUAUGCUCGGCCCGUUGAUCCUGAAAUAUUAGGGGAUAACGAAGAUUAAGGCAUAAAGUGGUAAAGUAGCAAGAGCUUGGAGGGGACACUGCGAAUGAGGAUGAUUUGCACAACAUUCCGUUUUGGCUUUCAAUGUCCACCAAGCUCGGUCGAGUCUCCCCCAUUUCAAGAAUUUAUGCUAGUUUGUAUGUAAAGAUAGCUACCUUUUCUCGACUUCUUGGGUCCGUAACAUAUCUUACUCUAGCCAGUCUCAGGUCGAAAUCCUCGACAAUUGGUCAGAACGUGCGGCAUUUCAGUGUGCACAAAGCCAAACAAGACGGCGCACGCGACUCAUUGGUGCAACAUGAAGUGAGGGGGUUUCACGCUACCACUCCCUUGAUUUAAAUUAUCUAAAGUGCACCCAGGGAUCGCACAAAAUCAGCAUAAUAUAUAGGCUUACGAGGUGCCUGCAUCUUUCCCAUACUCCUUAGACAAGUUCCAUUUCUACGUACAGAGCUUAUUCACUCAUGUUGCGGAUUACAUCACAUCAAAAUACGUGAAAUGGAGUUACAGUAUCAAGGUGAAGCAUGGUACGGCGAAUGGCCAGACUUAGAAUUUCACCAUACGACGGCUAUCUUCAAAAAGGACUCAGAGUUCUACUACGGUAGCUACAAUCGACGCGAGUCAGACAGUAUCGACUCAACCCAGCUUGAACUGACCAAAAUCCCUGAUGAGUACAUCUAUGCCGCUGCACCACCCGAUUUCCUACUCGCGCCAGACCCGCUACCAUCAAAUAUCUAUAUCAAGACACCAGUCCUCCUCGAUUACGAAGACGACCCCUCGCCCUCGUACAUUCACUCUCUCACUUUAUCGGAGAUUCGUGUAUGUGAGAUCUUGCGACACCAUCCGCAUCCGAAUAUUGCUCAGUACUUGGGCUGCCUAGAGGGGGACAACAGAAUACGUGGAAUCUGCUAUGUUAAAUACAAGAUGACUCUUGCGGAUUAUCUUAGAGAAGGGAAUCCAAUUGACGUGGAUCACUUCCUAGCCGGAAUCGAGAAGGCCGUUUCUCACUUACACUCCUUGAAACUAGUCCACGGCGAUCUCGGCCCUAUGAACAUCAUGCUCAACGACAAUAACGAGCCUAUUCUUAUUGACUUCGACUCCUGCCGGCUCGAGGGAGAGGAGCUGAUCAAGGGAGGCACACCUAAAUGGUCAGAUUACGAUGCAAAGGUCGCCUCUUUUGCUAAUGACGAGUAUUCUCUUGAAAAGAUCCGUAAACACCUAUUGGAGUAUACAUCUGGUAGCCCAGACAGUUUGUGAAUUGAAACAAGGCAUACCAUUUUAUACCUUUUGUAUUACUAGCAGAAGAAGGAAGUAGUAGGGAGACAGAUGAUUCAAGAGAGUAUGAGCAGGUGUGAUACAUGGAGAAGGGAAAGUGUCGAGGCAGGGGAGGAAAAGGUGAUUGUCUUUUGUAAGUUUAAUGAACCCGAGAAGAUCAUCAUGAACACCCAGGGCCUCGCGUCAUUUAUAUUUCACUAAAUUGGGCAAUCAUUUAAGUCAAUAACAAUGCAGUUUCGUCAACAUAUGAAAUCAAGAGGUAGACAUGUCCCAUAGUUCUUGAGGCAAGUAGUCACGAUCUUGGGAUUACAUACUGAUUCACUCGCUGUAUGUAGCCCGAGCUUCAAAGAAUUUCGC